CCGUCUGAAAGAACCAAUUAAAAUGUAUAAUUACUUGAAAUCUAGAUAAUUCUUUACUUUAACGACUACUCCGUUGUUCGGUAACAUAAUACUGCACGGUGUACACUGUUUCACUGAUACAGUAUCUCUGUAUCUGAGUAUCAUAUGUCGGUUUAAGACGAGUCGUGUUUUUUCUUUUGUACUCCUUCCAACCCAUCAAAUUUACACUCACUCCUUCCCUGGAUGAACACAAUUGGCAAAUCUCCCAACAUCAUCACUCGUGGAACUCCACCAUUGGCUCCUCCAUCUCACCCUUUCUCAUUAAACAUCAACCCCACCAAAAAUAUCUAUUUCACCCAAUUUGCCAAUUUGCAAAAAAAUAAAAAAAAUAAAUAACACAAAGUUUAUGGCCACAUCGUGUGAUUGAGGUUACUUAUUCAGUAGUUUUUUGAUCGGUCAGGGAUUAUUCGAUUAGUGAUUAUUUUAUCAGGGUUACUCGAUCGGUCAAAAGUUACCUGUUUAUUAUUUUGGGUCAGAAGUUAUCCGUUUAUUAUUUUGGUGUGUAUCACAUGUGUGGGUCCCAAUUUCAUCUCCCACCUUUCCUUUCCUUCGUCUAAAACCCAGAAAAAAUUCCCACUAAACCAGAAAAUAGAGUACAGUAUCCCAUUCAUUUCCAGGAACAUUCCCACAAAAUUUUUAAAGUCGGUGGCCCCUUCAUACAUUUCCACCGCCUUACUUUGCUCAGAUAUUUUCCCCCUCUUUACUUAGUCGGCAAGUCUCCAUGUUUAUCUAUAAAGUCUCUCUCCUCCAUUUGUUUCUUUACUCUGUUUUUUUCUUUUUUAUAGUUUUCGUUUUCCGUCUCCUCAAUUUAUGGAUUCUGAUGAUAAAAUGUUUUUCCCAGCAAUACCUAUUUCAUCUUCUGCUCCAAUUCCAUCUGGGUCGUCAACGACUUCGUCUUUCGACCCGUCCUCUGUUUUUUCAUAUUCUGACCCAUUUUACUCAACUGGGUUUGAUUCCAUGACAUCAUCUAAUAUCAAUGUGAAUUUUCAGGGUUUUUCUUCUCCACCUCCUCCUACUAUUCCUUCGAUUCCUGCUGUUUUUGCCUCGGAGUCGGAAGUUGAGAAAAAACCGCAGCCAUUAGAGUGUUUACAGGGUACCCCAAUUCCACCAUUUCUAUCAAAGACUUAUGAUCUUGUUGAAGAUCCCAAUUUAGACAUGAUUAUAUCUUGGGGUUCGCGAGGCGAAAGCUUUGUGAUUUGGGAUCCUGUGGAUUUUGCUAGACUUGUUCUUCCUCGGAAUUUCAAGCACAAUAACUUUUCCAGUUUUGUUCGUCAGCUCAAUACUUAUGGUUUUCGUAAGGUUGAUCCUGAUAAAUGGGAGUUUGCGAAUGAGGGGUUUUUGCGUGAAAGCAGACAUUUGUUGAAGAAUAUUCACAGGCGAAAAUCCACUCAAUCUCAGCAGCUUACUUCCUAUGGAGGGUCAUCAUCUUCUGAGUCUGGAAUUGGAAGUGAGAUUGAGAAACUAAAGAAAGAGAAGAGUGCAUUAAUGCAAGAGGUUGUUGAGCUGCAGGAACAGCAGCGCGGAACUGCAGAGCAUGUAGAAAGGGUGAAGGAUAAGAUUCAGGCUUCGGAGCAGAGACAAAAACAAAUGGUUUCAUUCUUAGCUAAAGUGCUUCAAAACCCGGUAUUUGUAGACCGUUUGAAGCAAAUGAAAGAACAAAGGUCUAUUGUUUCUCCAAGAACAAGAAGGAAUUUUCUGAAGCAAGCACAUCAAGAAGCAGGUAGUUCUGGUACUUCUCUGGAGGGACAAAUUGUCAAAUACAAACCCGAGUUUGAAGAAUUGAGGGACUUUCCAUCUUCUGAUAUUCCAAUGACAAGUGCUCAAGAUUAUCUCUUGCAAGAUGUGAUGGGAAUGUCAAGUAGUGGAGCACUGAGUUUGCCUUUUCAAAGUGAAGUUGUUACUUUGAAUGAAUCUGCGACAGCACAGGAAUUUAUGGAUAUCCCUAGAUCAGUUGGAGCUGGCCUUUCGAGUGCUGGGUUAGGAGAUCCCUUUUCAAGGGGAAAACAGGUGACGACUGCUCAUUCAGAAGCUGCAAGAGACUAUUUUGUUUCGUUUCCUGAGGAAUUGAUCCGACAGAAAACGUUUCCUGAGUUCUCCUCUGCUGCAAUUGGAAAUAUCAAGCAGGAGGAGGUCUGGAGUAUGGGGUUUGAUCUCAGCACAGAUGUCUCAAGCUCUAGUCCUGCAUUUUGGGGCAACGUUGCCAGUUAUGAUAUUCCGGAUGUUGGAACUUCUUGUCCAGGCGAGUUUUCAGAUGUCUUUGAUUUAGCUUCUCUUCAGGCAGGAGGUACAGGAAUUGAAAAUUGGCUGGAUGAUGAUUCUUCUCCUGGCCACCCUGAGAAUCAAGGUUUCGAGUCAAAAGAUAAUAUUCCAAGGACUAAUUCAUAGGUUGCACUUGCUAGCUUAACGCGAAUGCAUCCCUAUAGUGUUUCUAGGUUUAGAUUAGUACAUAAUAGAUUGAACGAGUGAUUCUAUCAUUUAAUCUAUAAAUUUGUUUGAUUGA